AUGGCUGCAGAGGCCAUUAAAUUGAAGAAUAGAGAGUUACCGAGUAUGUCUCUUAGGGACAUAAACUUGAUGAGCGUUCCCCUACGGAAAAAAAAUGGGGAUGACCAGCCAUUUACGGAUGCGCUGGAUAGUCUUUCACUAAACGCAAAUUCUGACACUCUAAUAGGCGCUAGCUCGAAUUCGAGAUCUACUGGUGAAUCCGGUGCUGGCUCCAGUGUUGAUUCUGGUGCCGACUCCAGUCAUAGGGCAGAUGUUCAGAGAAGUCCAACGAGUGCCCGAAGUGAUGGUGAUAAUGACCACCAUAUGUAUAAGAUAGAGCAUACUAGGUCUUCACUGGGUGAUUGUGUUCCUGCUACAUAUUUACCUGAAAAGGGUCACAGUUCCACAGAUUUAAAUUACACUACCCCCAAGCAGUAUCAUCGACCAGCAACUUUGAGGCCUUUUAAGAGCCCAAGUUUUUCUAUUGACUUAAUUUCCAAAAGUCGUCAGCACGAUGAUAUAUACAAUGCUCUUGCAAAUACAACUAGAAGAAACUCUACAAUGGCUCUUACUACUUCGAAUGUCGAAAGACAUGGCUAUAAUGAAACAGGUACGAUUACCAUACCAGAAGCGUAUGAGAAGACAGAACGCGCUAAAGAGAUGGUUUUGAGAGAUCAUGGUCGGAUUCAUAACAACAGGUCUCAAAGUUCUCUGAGUAAUAGACAUCGAUUUCCUAAGACGGGCUCAUUCACUAACAAAGAACAGCGGCAUCACCCUAGUGAGCGCUAUGUUAUUCCGGGUCAGCGUGUUGUUGAAGGUCAUCACAAUUAUGCUUUGGCAUAUAACAUGAUCACUGGUAUUCGUGUCGCUGUUUCUAGAUGUUCACAAAUACCGAAGCCACUUACAGAUUACGAAUAUAAGCAGGUCUCUAAAAUGGUGUUUCAUUGGGAGGGAAGUUCCACCACUCCUUCGUCAAAAUAUGAGUUCAAAUUCAAAGACUACGCGCCGGAAGUGUUUCGCGAUCUUAGAAGCGUCUUUCACAUUGACCAAGCGGAUUAUCUUCUUGCGUUAACAGAGAAAGUGGCACUUACAGAGCUUGGUUCUCCAGGAAAGAGCGGGUCUUUUUUCUAUUAUUCCGGUGACUAUCGGUUCAUCAUCAAAACUAUUCAUCAUUCUGAACACUGUCAUCUUCGUAAAAUACUAAAGCAGUACCAUGAUUAUGUUGUUCAGAAUCCCGAUACUUUACUGUGCCAAUUUUACGGAUUGCAUAGGCUAAAGAUGCAUACCCGGAGAGGUCUGCUGAAGCUUCACAUCGUUGUGAUGAAUAAUAUUUUUCCACCUACACGAGAAAUUCACAAGCGGUUCGAUUUGAAAGGCUCCACUUCUGGUCGUUAUACUAAUCUUGUUGACGGUAAAGUGGAGGGAAAGACAUCUCUCUGCUUAAAGGACUUGAAUUUUUUGAAAUCCAAUGAAAAGAUACAUUUGGGUCCUCAAAGGAAGGGGUCCAUAUUGGCUCAAAUUCACAAUGAUGUUGAAUUUUUACAGAGGACUAACAUCAUGGAUUAUUCCUUACUACUGGGUGUUCACAAUCUGACCGAAGAUGAGUUGACUACACCAGUAGAUCAAGAGCCCGAGUUUUUCUCUAAUCGGGACCGUGAAGUAUCCAAUAUCUUUGCUCUGGCUGAUGGAGGUAUCCGUGCCGCUGACGAAAAUGGCCAUGAGUUGCCUGUAAUAUACUACAUGGCGAUAAUCGACUGUUUGACCAACUAUUCCACACUUAAGAGAUUGGAGACAUUUUUCAGAAGUUUCAAACAUAAACGGAGUACUAUCAGUGCUGUACCUCCAAUAGAAUAUGGCAAGAGAUUUUACAAGUUCUUGGAAAAAGGAAUAACACCGGCGAAUACUGCAAGGGAAAAUAAGGACGCAAAGGUGAAGCCAAUCAAGCAAGAUUAA